AACUUGUCAUAAUGACAAACUAAAAUACCAACAAAAAAAACCCUGACAAAUUCCGCAAUUUUCGGCCCCAAAACUCAAAAUUUUCCGUGAAAUAUCGACAAAAAAAAAUUAAAAGUAUGGCGUUCGUGUGCCCCGCCAAAGAAGAAACCGAAGCGGUGACCCUGAUGGCGACCAAAGUGAAACAGACCCUACAGCAGCUGGAGGACAGUCUGAAUGUGGGAGUGAAACCGAUUUGCGUGCCCUGUUGUGUGCCCCUCUGCGAAUAUCCUCCCGCCGAACCGAAAAAUAACGCUAAAAAACAAAAGGUCUUCGAUCCGCCAAAAGUUAUGGUCUGCUAUAAAGAAACGUCUAAGAAACAUAAAACCAAACACAACAACAAAAAUGCCGAAGAGGGAAUCAUAAGAUUGCACCAGUCCAAGUCUAGAGAACUCAGGGCGAGCAUUUUGUACACCGGAUGCCAAUGUGAGAGACGUGACGGACUCCAGGACGACUGUCCGCGUACGGGGUGUCACGGUUCCCCCGAGUGUCUUACCAGCCCCCCCACAUGCGGCCCCAGCGAAUUCUGUGACGGCAAACAUUUAGGCAAGAAGAACAAAUACAAUUAUUUGAUGCAAAAGGGCCGCGGAUCCCACAAUGGAAAUGCCGGAAACGGAAGUGAAAACCACGCAGAAACUGCUAGAUAUAAAUGUUUUGCCGCUACCGUUGACCAGCCCAUGAUUGUACCCAUGUCUUCGAAUCCUGCUGGUUGCUUUGUAUGUCCACCGUGUAUUUAAUAUUUUGUUUAAUUAAGAUUAAAAUUAUAUUGAGGUUACUAAAAAAAAA